GCGAACAGUUCGAGAACGUGCGUGCGUGUGCGCCGAUCGAGAAACGCACGUGAAUAAAUCCCGGAUCCGGUACCCUUUCGCGGUCGUGUAUCGAUCCUCGACGACACUUCGAGGCUUCUCGCGAUCGUUGGACAUACUCGCGCGAAAGCUCACGGCGACGGUAACUUCUCGCUGGUUCGUUCCGUGGUCCGAUAAACGGAGCGUUCGACCGUUUCCGCGAUUCGAAUCGCGCGGUUUGCCGGUUAUCGAAGCAUGCUCGAGCGUCUUUGAGGUCAAGGAGAAUAACGGAGAGAAAGGCGGGAGUGCAAGUUGAACUGUGCGAGGAAAGCCGAAGCGGAAGGAUCUGCGCGGGGUCACGGAGAAAGAUGUGGCCGUUAACAUUUUGGACGUAUUUUCUACUGAUAGCGUUAUCGCUAGCGCCAGUGCAAAGGGUCGUUGGAUGCUCUUGCGCGAGAACCCAUCCCCAGGAGCUAUUCUGCAAUUCAGAUUACGUCGCCGUGGUGAGAGUGAGGAGGGUGAAAUACGUGUCCCAGUUCGAAACCGCCUACAACGUGAAAGUCAAUAAAGUCUUCAAGGAGCGGAACAAGUUCAAUCCGGCCGAGUUCUCCAAGCAAGAGAUUUUAUGGACCGCGUCGAUGGACAGCAUGUGUGGCAUAACCUUGAACGUUGGCGACACUUACUUAGUGAGUGCGAAAAUAAUCGACGGAAAAAUGAAUCUAUCGAUUUGCAAUAUACCGAGGAGGUGGCGCGAGGUGACCAGCAGACAGCGAAAAGGAUUCAGGGGUCUCUAUCACCGUGGAUGUGCGUGCUAUAUCGAUUAUAUAUUUUGGUGGCACAAGGGUGCCGUUCUGGAGAAUUCAGGAAGGAAACGAUGUUUAUGGGAGAGCGAGCCAGGUCCUGAAGAGUGCCAAGAAAAAUAUGGCGUGUGCUUGGCUGGGCCAGGUGGAUGCUCUUGGACUCCAUCUGUACCUUACAAGAACUGCAUCAAGGAAUACCAACGAAGGCGUGAAUAUCAAAGGUUGCGAGAGCCCUAAAAGUCUUUUCUUUUACGUACUUGUUGUCCCUACAGUUGGAAGAAUCGAUUACAUUCACGGGAAAAUCGCCGUUGCUUGUGCCCAGCAGGGAUGGGUAAAAUGUAUUCAAAAAGAUAGUUUAUUAAUUCCUAUUCGAUAAAAUUAUUUGUAUCUCUUCUUACAUCGUUAUGAGAGUACUAUGAAUGGACGGAAAUGAGAUCAAACACGUCAAUAUUCAGAUUAUAUUUACUUCUACGUUAUUCGUUGUACGUUGUACGUGAAUUCGAUGUACGUUUAUUUAUUCGAGAGAAUGGCAUUAAUUUAUUGACAAAAUAACGUCUUCAUCCCUGCAUCGUGCCGCGUUCUAUUUAUUGUCGCGCGUUCUACCAAAAGUAUUAAUUCGACGGUUGUGUCAGCAAGUACAAAAGUAAUUCGUGAAUAAAUACGGGGAAUGAAAUGGUUAGAAUCGUGCACGGCUAGUCGUUAAGCUGCUAUUUUUCGUUUGAUACAAUUUGCUGACCCCUUAAAACUGCUUGCAUUUCCACAAUGAAUUGUUUCCUUCGCGUAACCGAGAUCCGUAGUUAUUGUGUUAUUGAAUUUUUCUCGCUUAAUUAGACAUCGUCACGACUUAUUCCUUCGAUAGAACCAGCCUGCUUUUAAUAUCUGAAUAAGCAAAUGCACGGUAUAGAUUUACUCGAUAUAUAAUUCAUUUACGUUGAGAAUUAUUCAUGGAAGAGUCUCAUCUCUGAAUAUAUAUUCAGCGAUGCUUUUGAUCUUCCAUCCAAGUCAACGCUACUAACCUCGUUCUGUUUAAUUAAAUAAUUCGAUCAGUUCGAUGGUAAUGUAAAUGGAACGAGCUGUAGAGAAUCUGAAAUAGUAAGAGCAACGAGCAUUUUCAACAUCGAUUGGCCAUCCCUUUAGUUGUACAUAUAGGCUACUAAUGUAUAUUAUGCAUUCUUAAAUUAUUCUCACUAUUAUCUCUAUUGUACGUAGCUUUGUCUUAUCUGCGUAAAAAGCUAACGAAGUGUAUUUAAUUUUUAGCGAAGUUUUAUAUAAAUCUCUGAAUAUUGAAACAAUACAUUUUCCAAAAGAAAAAAAAAAACUAUUCGAUAGGGUUAAGGCGACGAUGUAAAGUUCGCUUAAAGAUUGCGUUGUCUCAUUGUUCAGAGAAUGUAUGCGGAUGCUGAGUGUCGUAUUAUAAUAUAACGUAAUCGAUUAAGUUCUCUAUCCGUAAUCGAGCGUGAUCGUUGUUUCUCGUCGACGGUGACGAGGAACAGAACCCCUUAGAUGAGGGUAGAAAUUUAGUACAAACCAUUAAACGCGCAAUGCGACGGGAGUCAGUUGGCAUUUCCUAGCACGAGAACGUUAACCCGAAACGAUGUAUUUUAAUUUAGUUCUUCCAUUUGUUAACUUUUGUAAGUAUUAUGCUUAAACGAGAAAUGUAAAGUG